UGGUGGGCUCCUGGGUGACCUCCACUCCUGAAUCACUGCUUCCCAGGCGCCUUGGAUGGAUGCCGCCGCUUAUCAGCCGCGCUGCAGUGGGAGUGAUCCAUUCAUUAUACUUCAUUAACAGCAAUUUAAGAGCGGCAACCCCCUUCUCUUUAAAAGAUGGGGCCGAUUUCGCAACAUUGCAUUCGUCUACUUUCCCACAGCAGAACAUAAACCGAUCAGCAAAGGCUGCACGUGUGCGAGCGGCGCCAAUCAAUUGUAAUUAUUCUCAGCUGACAAAGUAAUUAGCAGGCAGCCUGAAUAAUAAACACCAGCCCAUUAAAGACGUUUGCGUGGCUUUAGGCUAAAGCGGAAACAAACAAACUCAAACGUCACUUUCUUUUGACGCUUUCUUUCGUCUGGUGUAACACUGAACGCGGGGGGGACACGUCAUUGCCGGAGGGUCACGUGAUUCAUCCCGUCGUGGGGGGGAGGGAACAACUCAGGCUGAUCGGUUCAUGAAAUUUACGAGCGGAAACUAGUCGGGGUUUUUUUUUUUGCAUUGUAUACUGACAAUGUUUUCCAGAAUAAAGAAAGGAUUGAGAAUCGGAGACUUUGCAGACUUCAGGAGCAGCAGCAGCACUUCCACGCCGUUUGCAGAGCUCUGCAGGAUGGACGAGCAGGGAGAAAUGGCGGCCAAGCAACCGGACGGACCCGCCAAAGCCGACGCCACGCCCCCUCACGUGCACCAGCACCACGCGCCGGCGGCGGGACCGCGCAUCGACGGCCAGACAUUUUGUCCCUGCCCGGAAAUUAAAGCGGGAGAGGCGGACGCCGCCAACCGGGCCUACGGGACUUUCAAGCACGCCGCGCCGGCAGCUCCCCCCGCGGCCAAUGCGGCCUUUCGGAAGGAUUCGAGCGUUUCGGGCGCUGGGGACGCGCCGCCGCCGCCUCACGCCGAGCAGAACAACAGCGGCUGGGCCGCGCUGAGUCAGACCACCGUCGUGCUGGGGACGGAUGGCAACAUGUCCGUCCAGACCGGCACCGUCACCCCGGCGGACGAUGAUGAUGACGAGGAAGGGGAUGAGAAUAAGGCCAGGGGAAACUGGUCCAAUAAACUGGAUUUUAUUUUGUCCAUGGUGGGCUAUGCUGUGGGACUGGGGAACGUGUGGAGGUUUCCUUAUCUUGCCUUCCAGAAUGGUGGAGGUGCAUUUUUGAUCCCCUACCUGACUAUGUUGGGCAUUGCCGGCAUCCCAAUCUUUUUACUAGAGGUGUCCCUGGGCCAGUUCGCCAGCCAGGGCCCAGUGUCAGUAUGGAAGUGCAUCCCAGCCCUGCAAGGUUGCGGGAUUGCCAUGUUGAUUGUAUCUGUCUUGAUAGCCAUAUACUAUAAUAUUAUUAUGUGCUGGACACUGUACUACCUGUUCGCUUCGUUGAAGGGCUCACUGCCAUGGGCUCACUGUAGGAAUGCGUGGAACACCGUGGAAUGUAAGGACAAAGAAAUGCUGCUCCUAGACUCCUGCAUCCUGUGGAACAGAAACACCUCCUCCAUCAAGAACUCCACUUUUUGUCUCACUGCUCGUGCUGCUGGGAAUCUGAGCAGACUGUUGAACUCCACCCUGGAAGGUGAAAAGAUCUACGUCAGCCCCAGUGAGGAGUACUUCAAGUACAACGUGCUGCACAUCUCCAAAGGCAUUGAAUAUCCAGGAGACAUUCGUUGGGCUCUGGCAGGCUGUCUGUUUCUGGCCUGGAUCAUUGUCUACUCCUCUUUGGCCAAGGGAAUUAAGUCAUCAGGAAAGGUGGUGUAUUUUACAGCCACUUUUCCUUACGUGGUGCUGGUGAUCCUGUUGAUCCGAGGUGUGACGCUCCCGGGUGCAGCUGACGGCAUUCUCUACUUCAUCACACCAAAGUGGGAGAAACUCAUGGACGGAAAGGUGUGGAAAGACGCGGCCACUCAGAUCUUUUUUUCUUUGUCGGCUGCUUGGGGAGGCCUCAUCACGCUCUCCUCCUACAAUAAGUUUCACAAUAACUGCUACAGGGACACUAUUAUAGUCACCUGCACAAACAGUGCCACCAGCAUAUUUGCUGGCUUUGUCAUCUUUUCCGUCAUCGGCUUCAUGGCCAACGAGCUGAAUGUUCCCAUUGACAAAGUGGCAGAUGAAGGUCCAGGUAUAGCAUUUGUGGUGUAUCCUGAGGCUCUGACCAGACUUCCCCUGUCUCCUUUCUGGGCUAUCAUCUUCUUUCUCAUGCUUCUCACUCUGGGCCUGGAUACCAUGUUUGCAACCAUCGAGACCAUCGUCACCUCGGUCUCGGAUGAGUUCCCCAAAUACUUGAGGACGCACAAGCCGCUCUUCACCCUGGUCUGCUGUUUGGUCUUCUUCAUCCUGGGCUUCCCCAUGAUCACAGAGAGUGGCAUGUACAUGCUACAGUUGGUGGACACGUACGCAGCCUCCUACUCUUUGGUCAUCAUUGCCAUAUUCGAGCUGGUGGGCAUCUCUUACCUCUAUGGGCUACAGAGGUUCUGCGAAGACAUUGAAAUGAUGAUUGGUUUUCAGCCCAGCCGCUUCUGGAGAAUUUGCUGGGCGUUCGUGACACCGACCAUUCUGACGGGCAUCCUGACUCUGAGUCUGUAUCAGUGGAAAGUGAUGACCUACGAGGACUACACCUACCCCACCUGGUCUAUGAUUAUGGGCUGGCUCAUGGUAAUCUCCUCUGUCAUCUGGAUCCCCAUCAUGUUUGUCAUCAAGAUGUAUCUCGCCCCCGGCACUCUAAUUGAGCGUCUGAAGUUGGUCUGCUCCCCCCAGCCCGACUGGGGUCCCUUCCUCAUGAAGCAUCGCGGAGAACGCUACAAGAACAUGAUCGACCCGCUGGGAACCAACUCGCUGGGCCUCAAACUGCCUCGUAAGGAUUUACAGCUCGGUACCUACCAAUAACCACGGCCCCGGGAGAUCCGCACCCAGCUACUCCAACCCCUGGUGGGCGGGGAGUGCCAGGAGAGGACCACAUGGCCUCUUUCCGAUGACCUUUCAUUUCCCCUUCAUUCCACUCUAGUAUGUGCUUCAACAUGGUCCCUAGUCUUCCUCUUAGUGUGAAUUUGGGAAUAUUAGACCUCUUUCCUCCUCGGAGGAGGGGCCGCCGCUGCUGCUUUGUGCUCAGUUUACGGUCUAUCAUCGGCUCCCACACAAUGACCAUUGAUUAGACCACUGAUUGACUGAUUCCUGGUGACAAAGUGUGUCAUUGAAGGAGUUCGGUGUGAACUUGCAAUAUUAGACUUACCUUCGCUGCUCUAUUUGGAGCCGUACGUGUAUGUGUGAGCGCUUGUAUGUGUAAAAUAAUGAAUUGCCUCGGCGCCAGCCGGCCAAGAAGAAAAAGAAUUCAGGUGACAGAAAAACAAAGCUCCAACAAGUUUUUAAGGAUUUGGCUUCAUCCCCCGUAUUGGUAUUACAAAUUAUUUCUACGGAUGUUCUCGUUCAUCCAGGUCUCAGGAUGUUCAAUCGAUUGCAACUGGACCGUUCAGCUUGUCUUAGAAGACGUUUCACCUCUCAUCCAAUUGAGCUUCUUCAGUUCAUGCUUAUUGAUUUGGAUUGGUCAGAUCUAGUCUAAAUGUUGGUGCUGUAACACAAACUUGUUUUCACUAAAGGGGGCAAGGAAAGCUUUGGCCGAAAUGAGUUUCCUCCGCCGGGUGGCGGGUCUCUCCCUUAGAGAUAGGGUGAGAAGCUCUGUCAUCCGGGAGGAACUCAAAGUAAAGCCGCUGCUCCUCCACAUGGAGAGGAGCCAGAUGAGGUGGUUCGGGCAUCUGGUCAGGAUGCCACCCGAACGCCUCCCGAGGGAGGUGUUUAGGUCACGUCCAACACGGGGAAGACCCAGGACACGUUGGGAAGACUAUGUCUCCCGGCCGGCCUGGGAACGCCUCGGGAUCCUCCGGGAAGAGUUAGACGAAGUGGCUGGGGAGAGGGAAGUCUGGGCUUCCCUGCUUAGGCUGCUACCCCUGUGACCCGACCUCGGAUAAGCGGAAGAAGAUGGAUGGAUGGGACGGAUGGGCAAGGAAAGUUUCAACCUAUUGUGUAAAAAAGAGCCGUCUUUCAAAGCCAACAGCAGUCAAUACAAUGCAAUUCUCCCUUGAUAGCAUUGAAGUACCGUGUGACAAAACAACCACUACCAACCCAAAUUUAGUUGUUAGACUGGAAACUCUCACAUUAUUAACUGUAUCCUCUUGGCAUCUAUUGCACCAAUCACCCAAGACGGGGUCCCCACAUCUGCAGUCCCUUCUAGGGUUUCACGUUGUUCCCAUUGGGUUGAGUUUUUUCUUGCUCUAAUGUGAGAUCUGAGCUGAGAAUGAUUGAUUGAUUGAUUUGCCGUCCCAUAUCAUUCCAUUCAGUUGUAUUAAUGGCAUAAUUUGGUGGACCUGGAAUCGGAAAGUUCCUCUUGGAGUAGAUCUGACCAAUCUAAGUCCAAGUAUGAACUGAUUAACCUUGGUCCAAUAGAACGUCAUCAAAGACAAACUAAACAGUCCAGCUGCGAUCGAUUGAACGCCCUGAGGAUACAAAUAAUGACUAUGGAUGUUGUCAUUCAUCUAGGUUGUUGUAUUCUCAGAGCAUUCAAUUGAUCGAGAAUGGACUGACUGUUCUGUUGGUCUUAGAAAACGUUUCGCUUCUCAUCCGUGCAGGCUUCGUUGGUGCAUGCCGAUAGACUUGGAUCUGUCAGAUUUAGUCCAAAUGCUGGCUCCAAAGUCCCAAUAAGGGCGUGCUCAGGCGAGGAUGGUUUCGCAACAUUGUGGCGUAAAAAACAAGGAAUGGCCUCUCUGUAAAGGCCAACAGCCGUCAAUAACAUCACAUUCCCUCUUUUUAGCAUUAAGUGGCAUAACAAUGGCCGUGAAACGACCGCUAGCAGCUUAAAAUCAGCCGCUGGACUGGAAGCACCUGCCUUAGAAUUCUAUUCAGUUGGUGACUUGUCCAGGAUGCAGCUGGGAUAGGCUCCGCAACCCUGAAGGGGACAAGUGUUAGAAAAUGGAUGGAUGCACAAAAGUUCCUAUGGGGACUAGAUCUGACCAAUACGUCUUUGAACUCAUAAUGCCUGCUAAGAUCAAUUGAACAGUCCUAUUGCGAUCAAUUUAAAGCCCUGACAAUACAAAUAAUUAAUGACUGUCCUGAAUAUUAUAACAACAACUACAGUAUGCACUGUUAUAUGUUCUUCCACCCAUCAUAGUAGGUAUUGUAUUGAUGACACAAAGGGGGGCACCUGUAAAAGGAAUGUUCCUAAUGGACUAGUUUUAACUAAUCAGUAAGUCUAUGAGCAUGAAGUGAUGCAGUCUGCUCGGACAACAAAAACAGUCCAGUUUGGAGUCUACAGAGUCCUAAAUAAUAAUAAAAAAACAAGAUGCAUUGUUAUAUAUGCUACUCAUCAUACUAUAAGUAGUGCUUAGUGGCUAUUGAUCUAGAACAAAUAGUGGAAAUGAGAAACAACACAGGAAUCCGUAGAGCUGCGAACACGCCGUAAUCACAACCUCCAGUAGAUACUUCGGCCUUGGAUGACUCAGAGAUUUGAGUCUGUUUUUGUCUCUGAACCCAAGGGGCUACUUGUGAUACUCUCGUUUCCCCCCUCAAUUACAAUAUCUUGUACUUCGAACAUAAUGUAGGUCAUGCCAAUUGAAUGAACGCAUGAAGUGAUGCAGUCUGCUCGGACAACAAAAACAGUCCAGUUUGGAGUCUAUAGUCCUAAAUAAUAAUAAAAAAACAAGAGACAUUGUUAUAUAUCCUACUCAUCAUAGUAUAGGUAGUGCUUAGUGGCUAUUGAUCUAGAACAAAUAGUGGAAAUGAGAAACAAUCCGAUCCAUAGGAAUCCGUAGAGCUGCGAACACACCGUAAUCACCCCCACCAGUUGAUACUUUGGCCUUGGAUGACUCAGAGAUUUGGGUCUGUUUUUGUCUCUGAACCCAAGGGGCUACUUGUGAUACUCUCGUUUCCCCCCUCAAUUACAAUAUCUUGUACUUAUCUUCGAACAUAAUGUAGGUCAUGCCAAUUGAAUGAACGCAUGAAGUGAUGCAGUCUGCUCGGAGAACAAAAACUGUCCAGUUUGGAGUCUACAGAGUCCUAAAUAAUAAUAAAAAAACAAGAUGCAUUGUUAUAUGUCCUACUCAUCAUAGUAUAGGUAGUGCUUAGUGGCUAUUGAUCUAGAACAAAUAUUCGAAAUGAGAAACAACGCAGGAAUCCGUAGAGCUGCGAACACACUGUAAUCACCACCACCAGUAGAUACUUCGGCCUUGGAUGACUCAGAGAUUUGGGUCUGUUUUUGUCUCUGAACCCAAGGGACUACUUGUGAUACUCUCGUUUCCCCCCUCAAUUACAAUAUCUCGUACUUCGAACAUAAUGUAGGUCAUGCCAAUUGAAUGAACGCAUGAAGUGAUGCAGUCUGCUCGGACAACAAAAAACAGUCCAGUUUGGAGUCUACAGAGUCCUAAAUAAUAAUAAAAAAACAAGAUGCAUUGUUAUAUGUCCUACUCAUCAUAGUAUAGGUAGUGCUUAGUGGCUAUUGAUCUAGAACAAAUAUUCGAAAUGAGAAACAACGCAGGAAUCCGUAGAGCUGCGAACACACUGUAAUCACAACCUCCAGUUGAUACUUUGGCCUUGGAUGACUCAGAGAUUUGGGUCUGUUUUUGUCUCUGAACCCAAGGGGCUACUUGUGAUACUCUCGUUCCCCCCCUCAAUUACGAUAUCUUGUACUUAUCUUCGAACAUAAUGUAGGUCAUGCCAAUUGAAUGAACGCAUGAAGUGAUGCAGUCUGCUCGGACAACAAAAACAGUCCAGUUUGGAGUCUACAGAGUCUUAAAUAAUAAAAAAACAAGAUGCAUUGUUAUAUAUCCUACUCAUCAUAGUAUAGGUAGUGCUUAGUGGCUAUUGAUCUAGAACAAAUAUUCGAAAUGAGAAACAUAGCAGGAAUCCGUAGAGCUGCGAACACACUGUAAUCACAACCACCAGUAGAUACUUUGGCCUUGGAUGACUCAGAGAUUUGGGUCUGUUUUUGUCUCUGAACCCAAGGGGCUACUUGUGAUACUCCCGUUUCCCCCCUCAAUUACAAUAUCUCGUACUUAUCUUCGAACAUAAUGUAGGUCAUGCCAAUUGAAUGAACGCAUGAAGUGAUGCAGUCUGCUCGGACAACAAAAACAGUCCAGUUUGGAGUCUAUAGUCCUAAAUUAUAAUAAAAAAACAAGAUGCAUUGUUAUAUAUCCUACUCAUCAUAGUAUAGGUAGUGUUUAGUGGCUAUUGAUCUAGAACAAAUAGUGGAAAUGAGAAACAAUCCGAUCCAUAGAAAUCCGUAGAGCUGCAAACACACCGUAAUCACAACCUCCAGUAGAUACUUUGGCCUUGGAUGACUCAGAGAUUUGGGUCUGUUUUUGUCUCUGAACCCAAGGGGCUACUUGUGAUACUCUCGUUCCCCCCUCAAUUACAAUAUCUUGUACUUAUCUUCGAACAUAAUGUAGGUCAUGCCAAUUGAAUGAACGCAUGAAGUGAUGCAGUCUGCUCGGACAACAAAAAACAGUCCAGUUUGGAGUCUACAGAGUCCUAAAUAAUAAUAAAAAAACAAGAUGCAUUGUUAUAUAUCCUACUCAUCAUAGUAUAGGUAGUGCUUAGUGGCUAUUGAUCUAGAACAAAUAUUCGAAAUGAGAAACAACGCAGGAAUCCGUAGAGCUGCGAACACGCCGUAAUCACCACCACCAGUAGAUACUUUGGCCUUGGAUGACUCAGAGAUUUGGGUCUGUUUUUGUCUCUGAACCCAAGGGGCUACUUGUGAUACUCUCGUUUCCCCCCUCAAUUACAAUAUCUUGUACUUCGAACAUAAUGUAGGUCAUGCCAAUUGAAUGAACGCAUGAAGUGAUGCAGUCUGCUCGGACAACAAAAACAGUCCAGUUUGGAGUCUACAGAGUCCUAAAUAAUAA